AUAACACACACCACAUUUCUCAUCUCUCUCUGUUUCUGUAAUGUUCUAGGGUUCUCUCGCCUGCGUUCGUUUUCUCGGAGCUUUUCGAUCUGGUCGUGUCUGGUUGGCGGAAAAAAGUAAACGUUACCUUUUCUUUGCUCCGUCAAGCAGGUUGAGAUUAGGAAGAAAUAUUGUUUCUGGUAUUGGAAGCUAGAUACUAAUCCUUCCACAAAGAUCUGUGUGCAAAUAAUGUCCAGUCACCUGCUAUAAAUGCAGUGUAGCUUUGGAAAUGACAAGUUUCCAGGAAGCUUGUGCUUGAUGGACUGCUCGCCCAGCAGCAGUGACAAGAAAACAUUGAAGAGGUGGUUUUUCAUAGACAAAAGGGUUGGGUAAACAAAUCUGGAAUAAGGCGCUUGAUUCUGCAUUUUGACUGACUGGCAGUUGUGACAUAUACACUUUUAUUAAAUCCUUUAUAACCUUUCUAAUUCCAAGUAAUCUGUAACCCCCAUGGACUUGAAGUCGAAUCAUGCUUCUCCUGUUUUAACUGAUCCUGCACCUAUAAACAAGUCAAGACUUGGCAUCCAUUCUUUGUUGCCUUACUCACAGCAAGCAGCUUCGCUCUCCUCCACUAAGUACAUGACGAUUCCAAGGAAAAAGCCGGGAAAGCUUGAUGAUGUUCGAUCUAAUGGUUGGCUGGAUGCGAUGAAAUCCUCCUCACCUCCUCGGAAGAAGCUACUUAAGGAUUUCAAUAUUGAUGUUGCUUCAGAUGAUGCUGAUUUUGCUUAUUGCUCCUGGAUGCUGAAGUAUCCAUCAGCACUCAACUUUUUUGAGCAAAUUACAAAUUUUGCAAAGAACAAGAAGAUAGCAAUGUUUUUGGAUUAUGAUGGUGUUCUUUCUCCAAUAGUAGAUGACCCAGAUCGCGCCCUUAUGUCUAAUGAUAUGCGUUGUGCUGUAAGAAAUGUUGCAAAGUACUUUCCAACAGCAAUCAUCAGUGGAAGAAGCCGUGAUAAGGUAUAUGACUUGGUAGGACUAACAGAACUCCAUUAUGCUGGUAGUCAUGGGAUGGACAUUAUGGGCUCUCUCAGUCACACAGCGUCUGAUGACCAUGCAAAUUGUAUUAAAUCUAAUGAUGAACAGGGUAAGGAGGUAAAUCUUUUCCAGCCCGCUAGAGAAUUUUUACCUUUGAUUGACGAGGUUUUUAGAACCCUCGUUGAGAAUACUAAAGGGAUUAAAGGCGCAAAAGUUGAGAAUCACAAGUUUUGUGCCUCUGUACAUUAUCGUAAUGUAGAUGAGAAGAAAUGGCCUAUUAUUGCACAAUGUGUUCAUGAUAUUCUAAAGGACUACCCUCGAUUGCGAUUAACUCAUGGGCGGAAGGUUUUAGAAGUCCGUCCUGUUAUUGACUGGAACAAGGGAAAAGCUGUUGAAUUUGUGCUUGAAUCUCUUGGGCUAAGUAAUAGGAAUGAUGUGCUUCCACUCUAUAUCGGAGAUGAUAGGACCGACGAAGAUGCAUUCAAGGUGUUGCGGGAGGGCAACCGAGGUUAUGGAAUAUUGGUGUCUUCUGUCCCUAAAGAAACCAAUGCAUUCUACUCUCUCAGGAACCCAGAAGAGGUCAUGAAAUUCCUCAACUCCCUGGUGGCAUGGAAGGAGCAGGAAGGAGCUAAAUGCAUUGUAUAAGAGAAAGGAGCAUGUAGUUUUAUCUCUUUAUAUAGUAUAUAUAUAUAGGGUCUUAUUUCUGAAUUUUUUUUUUAUUUGUAAUAAAAUUAAGGCGUUAAACAGCUCAUUAUUUUGGU